GUUGAGAAGGAGAAGGAGGAGAAGAAGAAGGAGAUCCCUGACAGAGGCUCUUGGAAAGGCAAAUUUGACUUCCUGCUCUCCUGCGUGGGAUAUGCCAUUGGUUUGGGCAAUGUCUGGCGCUUUCCUUAUCUCUGUGGCAAGAAUGGAGGAGGUGCCUUCCUGAUUCCAUAUUUCCUGACACUGAUAUUUGCUGGGAUUCCACUUUUCCUGCUGGAGACAGCGCUUGGACAGUACACCUCUGUUGGUGGCCUCGGGGUCUGGAAACUAGCACCCAUGUUUAAAGGAGUGGGCCUGGCCGCAGUGGUGCUCUCCUUCUGGCUGAACAUCUACUACAUUGUCAUCAUUGCCUGGGCACUCUAUUACCUCUUCAACUCUUUCACCGCAGACCUGCCCUGGGAGAACUGUGGAAAUACCUGGAACACGGACAGGUGCUUUUCCAACUACUCCCGGAAUGACACAUCCAACCUGACCAGCGCUGUGACCGAGUUCUGGGAGAGAAAUAUGCAUCAAAUCUCUGGAGGCCUGGGGGAGCCAGGUAAUGUCCGCUGGCCUUUGGCCGGCACGCUUGCAUUAGCCUGGGUUUUGGUCUAUUUCUCCAUCUGGAAAGGCGUCGAGUGGACUGGAAAGGUUGUGUACUUCUCAGCUACGUACCCUUACUUCAUGCUAUGUAUUCUCUUCUUCCGUGGAGUCACCUUGCCAGGAGCCAGAGAUGGAAUCCUUUUUUAUAUUACGCCAGAUUUCAGCAAGCUCUCUCAGUCUGAGGUCUGGAUGGAUGCAGCCACACAGAUCUUCUUUUCCUAUGGCCUUGGGCUGGGGUCGCUAAUUGCCUUGGGAAGCUACAACAGGUUUCAGAAUAACGUCUAUAGAGACUCCAUCAUCGUUUGUGGCAUAAAUUCCACAACAAGCAUUUUUGCGGGAUUUGUUAUUUUCUCCAUCGUUGGCUUCAUGGCUCGCAUCACCAAGAAAUCGAUAGCUGAGCUGGCAUCCUCAGGCCCUGGACUGGCUUUCCUCGCCUACCCUCAGGUGGUCACCGAACUGCCCAUGGCGCCUCUCUGGUCAGUUCUCUUUUUCUCAAUGUUAAUGAUGCUUGGACUUGACAGCCAGUUCUGCACUGUGGAAGGCUUCAUCACAGCACUGAUGGACGAGUAUCCGCACAUACUGAGAGCAAGGAAGAAAACCUUCAUUGCUGUGGUGUGUUUUAUCUCUUACCUCAUAGGAUUCUCCAACAUCACCCAGGGUGGCAUCUACGUCUUCAAGCUGUUUGAUUAUUACUCAGCCAGCGGCAUGUGCCUCCUCUUCCUGGUCUUCUUCGAGACGAUCUCCAUCUCCUGGUGCUACGGUGUGAAUAGAUUUUACAGUAACAUUGAAGAGAUGAUUGGCUAUAAGCCUUGUGGGUGGUGGAAGAUCUGCUGGGCCUUCUUCACGCCACUUGUUUGCUUGGGGGUUUUCUUCUUCAGUGUGAUUGAAAUGGCUCCCCUGAGGCUGGGGAAGUACGUUUAUCCUGCCUGGGGUCAAGGCAUUGGCUGGUUCAUGGCCCUGUCUUCCAUGAUCUUGAUCCCGGGAUACAUGUUGUACUUUUUCUGCACUGCGAAAGGAACGAUCCGAGAGCGAGAGAACAUGAUGCUCCAAAAGGCAAUGAGAACUAAGCGCGAUGAGUAUUUUCAGCUCCGGCAUAGCAAGCUGUAG